GCUCCUCCCUGAAAGUUUUUUUUUUUCUUCGUUUUCCAGUGUAGUGCGUUGAUUUCAUACCAAAGUCAUACCUAACAUUCCACUUACACUGUCAAACCAGGAUAAAUAUUAUUGAAAACGAUAAUGCGCCCAAAAAUUAAGUAUCAAAAUGAGUAAGUUCCCUUCGCUUUUGUCAGGAGGGGUGACUACCAAAUAAAAAGCUGCUUGGAUCCGGACCACUUUCCUCUAAACUUGUUCUCCAGAAGAAUCAAGUGGUUAUAUACCCAAGAAUUGACAGACAGACAAAGGCAAAUUGGAGGAAUACAUAACUCGACAUUUAACGCGCUGUUUUGCUGCACCCCAUAGCCUCCCAUCACAGAUGUGCUGUGUUUCACCCAUAAGGAAUCAAAGGUCCUUUCUUCUUUAUCCUCUGACUGUGGGGCUCGGGGUCGGGCCCAGGGUGAGCCGCCACCAUUGCUUCCAACGAGUGGAAUGCCAACGGUAGCCCGGGGGAUGGGCUGGACGAGGGGAACGAUGAGCUGGACAAGGCCAUGGACGGGGACGCCGAGGGGGUGUGGAGCCCAGACAUAGAGCAAAGCUUCCAGGAGGCCCUGGCCAUCUACCCCCCCUGUGGACGGAGGAAAAUCAUCCUCUCAGACGAAGGCAAGAUGUACGGUCGCAAUGAGUUGAUAGCCAGGUACAUCAAGCUGAGGACAGGCAAAACCCGCACAAGAAAACAGGUAUCUAGUCACAUACAGGUGUUAGCACGGAAGAAAGUUCGAGAAUACCAAGCGGGUAUCAAGGUUUCUAGCCAUUUGCAAGUUCUCGCCCGGAGAAAAUCUCGCGAGAUCCAGUCAAAGCUGAAGGCCAUGAAUUUGGACCAGGCGUCUAAAGACAAGGCUCUCCAGAACAUGGCUGCUCUGUCGUCAGCUCAGAUUGUGUCGCCAAGCCUGAUCAAGAGCCAGCUGCCCCCGCUGCCCCAUUCUCCCUACCCACCGCAAGCCAGGUUUUGGCCAGGCCCUAUCCCAGGACAACCUGGCCCCUCUCAGGAGCUGGUUCUAGAGCUCAACCCGGGAAGGAUUCCUGGGCUUGGCCGCAACAGCUAUGCUAUCAAACCUUUUGCACAGUCCCCAUACCCAAACCUACCAGGCCCUGCCCCCCCACCUAUAUCAACCUAUGAACCCUUGGCACCCCCCCUCCCCCCGGCUGCUACGGCAGUACCCGUGUGGCAGGACCGGACCAUCGCCUCCUCCAAGCUGCGGAUGCUAGAGUACUCUGCUUUUAUGGAGAUGCAGAGGGACCCUGACAACUACAGCAAACACCUGUUUGUCCACAUUGGUCAGACCAACCCCUCGUACAGCGACCCUCUGCUGGAGGCAGUGGACAUCAGGCAGAUCUACGACAAGUUCCCAGAGAAGAAAGGCGGACUCAAAGAGCUUUAUGAGAAAGGCCCCCAGAAUGCCUUUUUCCUAGUCAAAUUUUGGGCGGAUCUUAACAGCAGUGGCAUGCAGGACGGUCCAGGCUCCUUCUAUGGAGUCAGCAGCCAAUACAGCAGCUCUGAGAACAUGACCAUCACCGUCUCCACCAAAGUCUGCUCAUUCGGCAAACAGGUGGUCGAGAAAGUAGAGACGGAGUACGCCCGAAUGGAAGGAGGGAAGUGUGUCUACAGGAUCCACCGCUCUCCCAUGUGCGAGUACAUGAUCAACUUCAUCCACAAGCUCAAACACCUGCCAGAAAAAUACAUGAUGAAUAGUGUUCUGGAAAACUUUACCAUCCUUCAGGUGGUGACAAACCGUGAUACUCAGGAGACCUUGCUGUGUAUAGCGUUUGUGUUUGAGGUCUCAACGAGUGAACACGGGGCACAGUACCACGUCUACAGGCUUGUCAAAGACUGACCCACCCACCGUUCUGCAGGGAGGUUUGGGAAUCGGCUUCCAAAGUACUGCGUGACACAAUCUGUACAGUACACACAGACUGCUCAACUGCCAAGAAACAUUCAAAACGACGUUAGAAUGAACUGACAUGAACAGAUUUUAUACUUCCACACAUGUUUUGGUAAAAUAGGAAAAAGGAUGAAGUCUCAACAGACAGGAAAGGCAACUUAUUAACCAUAUAUUUAAAUGUGCUAAGACAAAGUGGGUCAUAUUGGUAAUGACAAUAAAAUGUACAGUGGCUUGAGAUGUCUUCACUGAGGGAAUGAGAAGGUGUACAAGGUUAAGAGAGUUGUCUCCAAGGGAACACACUCUAAGCAAUAUGGGAAUAAGUGUAUAGAUUGGAACGGUACAGCUACAAGGACCAUCGAAGAAGAACAAACCCAAAAUAAUCAAAAAGUAGAAAUUUCCGACCGAGUGGUGUUGAUAAAUUAGAUAGGACGUUAGCUAACGUGCCUUUCUCCAAAGACAAGUAUUGAUUGAUUGCCAGCCUCUCUGGAAUGCCUUAUUUACUACCUCUUGUCUUUAAAUAAAAAACCAGACAGAUGUACAUGCAUCAAUUAAUUGGAAACUGAACAUUACUAUGCAGUUCACCCUUAUCUAGAUCCUUGAAGCACACUUCUUAUCCAGGCACAUUGUGUUACGGACAGAGAUGAAUGAAACUCUUAUUGUUUUCAAUUGAUGUGUUGUCAUGAAUGGUUACAAGUUUGGCUGCAGUCCACAUGUACAGUAAGGGGAUAGCACGAUCAGAUCAUUCAGUUUCGAAACCCUUGGCUUAUUGGGUCUAGACAACAACACAUCUAUGUGCUGUGGUGCACUUAAAAUAUCAAGAAAGGGUGAAGCAACAAAUAUGUUUAUUUUCUGCCUUUAGUUAUGAUAUUGAAAUGAACUGUUUCUGUACUGUGAGUCAGUGGAUGCUACAGGAAUGUGUUACAUAGGAGUAUUUUGGGGACGUGUUUAUAUUUGUGAUUAACUUUAACUCGGCACAGAGACUAUAGCUGUUCUCUUAGAGUGGAGGGGAUUCAACACUGUUUUCUUAAAAACAUGGCUUGAGAAUUCGCCCGAUUAGAACUUGCCAAAUUGUAACUGACCAAAUGUAAGGGUGAGUUCAACUAAUGUAAGAACUCCAGGUUUUCUUAUCCAAUCUCCCCAUUUGAGAAAUCCCAAUUGAUGUAUUUCACAUUUAGUCUGAUUGUAGGCCUACAUGAUGUAAGAGAAGUUUAUCUUUUGUAAAUGUAACCAAUAAAAACAAAAGCUAUCUCAAGAAAUUCUACUCUCAAUUUGUCAAUGCCAUCGGCCAAUGAAAAAAAGCUUUUAUGUUUCUAAAAAAAGACCUAUCCUCUCUGUGCUGUGGUGUGUGACCAUUGAUUGUUAUUUAUAUUGAAACGAAUGGUGGGAGGGCUGGGCUGGGCUAUGUGUUUAUCCUUUGCCAUGGCAAUGGAGGUGUUACAAGUAUUGCUGAGCUAAACUUUAUACUAAAGACAAGAUAACUGUCAUCCCAUGGAUCUAGAUAGGGGAUGGUCUCUGCCUUGGAUGGUUCACUGGGCUUCUGUCAGAAGAAUUCAUACAUCAGACUUUGUAUGGUGGAUUUAGUACACCAGGAUUUGAAUGUCAUACUUCAAAAGCUAGAUUUAAAAUGACUGCUUAAUCUUUACUAGCGGAUGUCUCAAUUGUACCUUUUUUUACAGGCCCUUUUUUGUUUAUUAUCAUAAUUCAUAUUUUUGUUUGUUGUUUUCUUUUUUUGACAUUCAUUGGAAGCCAUAUGCAUCCGUUGAAAACGUGUUUUUGUUGACAUUGAUGAUGAGAUGUUAUGUAUCAUAAUCUGAAUGGUGUGGGCAAGUUUUUUUUGGUUAAUAGGUGGUUUACUGUGGCCUUGGUUACCAAUUGUGCAUUGCAUUUUUGUAUGUUAUCUUCGAAGUAAGGGGGGUUGUAUUAUAUAAUCCAAUCAAAAAAUAUGUAUAAUCUAACAAUAAAAGACGCAUUGUGCCUUUGGGGCCAUUUUCCCCCAGAAAACCCAUUAAAACAUGUUUGUAAUUUGA